AUGGAGGGAAAUACACAUCUCAUGCAGGUUAUUCAUGAAAUGCGCUCUGAGAUCACCAAGUUGGAGAGAGAAAAUAGGGCCCUUCGAGUCGAACUGAAAGUCAGCGGCCAGAGGGCUGCAAACCGAGUGGAAGAAGGAGGAGGAGCUGGAAAUGUGGAACCUGGGAGCCCCGCUGAUUCAGAAGAGACCCCCAGUUCCCCAGUAGCCCUGCGCAGAAAUGUCUCAGCUGGUUCAGCACUGACUCUACAGGAGCAGAAAGGCAAUGUUAUGACUGUUCGGCGUUAUUCCAUUUCUUCAUCUGUGCACGCUUCUUCUGGAAACAAGCACGGCAAAGCUGACAAAUGCCAGCCAGCUAAUGGAAUCCUGGACAUGCAGGGAACUGUCAAACAGCCAGCAUGGCCCACAGUAAUGCAGCUAACCCGCAGAGAAGAAAAAGGGGUUGAAAAAAUCCCAGUCGACUGCUUCUCUAGCAAUAAUUCUAACAAAAAGAGAUCAUUUCAAGAGCAUGUUUAUAAGUGCAGGGGUAAAGUAAAGGCCGUUAGUUUCCUGUUACCAGUGGACACGUCAUCUUAUGCUGAAAAUCAAGGUUCUCUCAAAUGCCCACAAAAUCAGAGCACAAAACAGUUAAGCACCAUUAUUGAAAAGGAUAUCUGAGCUAGUGAAUUUUUAAAGGCCCAUUGAUUCUUGAGAUAAACUAGCUUUAAAUGAUAGCUGUGUGU